AUGACAUUACCGAUUGAUAUGAAAAUAGACUUAUUAUCGAGAUUUCAUAAAAUUAUUUAUGAACGAGGAUGGAAUUUCACUUCAAGUGGCCCAAAUGAAGACCGGCAAUUAUUAGUAGAAUUUAAUGUUGUGAUAGAAGAAUUUUUGAAUCUUGAAAAAAAAUAUCAAACUAUUAUUGAAAAUAUAACACAAGCGAUGGGACAGGGAAUGGCAACUUAUGCAAAGCAAGCAGCUGAAAAUAAUUUUGCCAUAAACACAGUAGUAGAUUAUGAAUUAUAUUCGCAUUACGUUGCUGGAUUAGUCGGUAUUGGACUUGCUGAUAUUUUUAUUGCUAGAGGGUUAUUAGAUUCAAAAACGAUAGGAAAUAUUAACAAUCGAGAAAAUGCUGGAAUUGUUGGGAUAUUUCUUCAAAAAGAAAACAUAAUUCGAGAUUAUUCAGUUGAUUUACGAGAAAAUCGGAAAUACUGGCCAAAAGAAAUUUGGUCGCGUUACGUAAAUGAUCUCCAAGAUUUAUCGAAACCUGAAAACCGUACUCUUGCGAUCUAUUGUCUAUCGGAUAUGAUUUAUGACGCAAUUCGUCAUGUACCUGAAAUCUUGACACAUUAUGAAAGACUUGAUAAUGGAAGAGUUUUUACCAUGUGUUCUGGCCCAAUUGCUGCCAGCAUAGCGAAAUUCGCUUUAUUCUUCAAGAAUUAUGAUGUCAUUUACCAAGUUGUUGAGAUCAGAAAGGGACUGGCCAUUAAGUUAUUGCUCAAAAGCACCAAUAUUAAAAAUGUCGCCGAGAUUUAUUUGAAUUAUAUAAACGAGAUUCAAAAGAAAAACAAUGAUGAACUCGACCCAAAUUUCACAAAGGUUAAUAAUAUCUGUAACGAG